UUACGUCAACACCGUCCGGAUUCCUGUACCUGUGUACUCAAAUUCAUGCCUUUCUCUCUCUCUCAAUCUCAAUCCCGAUCUCUGUUCAUAAUUUCCAUUGCCUUUUUGUUCCCUUUGCGCAUGUCUCGUUCCAAUUCGCAAACUGUAACCACAAAGCUCAAAAUUUUCCUCUGUUUUUCCCUCCUGCCCUGCAUUCACACGAUUAGACCGACCCGUUUCUUGAAAAAACUAUAAUCAUCCAAAGUUACAAUCUUUUCGUUGUGUUGACGUGGUUUCUUGAAGAAUCAAAUGGAAAAGGAGCCUUUGCUCCCAUACUUUAGCCCAAGAAAGAGGCAAUCACCAUUAUCAAACCAGCUUUGUCCAUUGCCGGAACAUGAUGAGGUUCUUCUUCCUGCUUCCCCUGCUUGGAUCAAAGACCGACUCAUCUUUGGGCCUUCGCCUCUUGGUUCUUCCCCUAGCGAUUCUUCACCUUUGAUUGAGGCCUUGGCACUUUCACAACCACAACAACCUUCUUCUCCUUGUCCUUCCUCUUCUUCACAGGACUUUGCAUCAGCACUUCUUGAAUCACCACAGUUUAACCAACAACAGCAACAAUCUUCUUGGCUUAUUGAUCCCAAUUAUCCAUGGCGCAAGUCCAAUCUUCACCGCUCCAAAACUGCACCGGCUAUGGCUGUGAUCAGUGAUUUCAACAAUUGUAGUGCCCCCCAAAAGCCGCAAAUUAGUAGCCAGUCAAUUAUUCAUCAGGCUUUUCUCCUUCUUGUUCUUUAUUUGGCAUUAGGGGUAGUCAUUUAUUGGUUCAAUCGUCAUAGUUUUACAGUUUCUGAGACUCAUCCCAUAGUGGAUGCAUUGUAUUUCUGUAUAGUUACAAUGUGCACAAUUGGAUAUGGAGACAUCACACCAAAUAGUACCAUAACCAAGCUUUUCGCGAUAUUCUUUGUGUUGAUUGGUUUUGGUUUUAUAGACAUAUUGCUCAGUGGGAUGGUUAGCUAUGUACUGGAUUUGCAGGAGAAUCAUUUGUUGAGGACAGUGAAGAGUAGGGGCGAAAAGGAUGCAAGGUCUUAUAUAAUCGAUGUGAAGAAAGGGAGGAUGAGGAUUAGGAUGAAGGUGGCAUUGGCAGGACUAGUUGUUGUGUUUUGUAUCGGAGUUGGUGUGGCAGUUUUGCAUUUUGUGGAGAAGCUCAGCUGGCUGGAUUCCUUUUAUCUUUCUGUUAUGUCAGUUACAACUGUUGGCUAUGGCGAUCACUCAUUCAGUACUAUGCAUGGUCGCAUCUUCGCCGCCAUUUGGUUGCUUGUGUCUACACUUGCGGUUGCACGAGCAUUCCUAUAUUUGGCCGAAGCAAGAGUAGAUAAGCGGCACAGGAGGAUGGCAAAGUGGAUUCUUGGUCAGGAUAUGACUGUUGCUGAGUUUCUUGCGGCAGAUAUGGACAACAAUGGUUUUGUGAGUAAAUCUGAAUAUGUUAUAUACAAGCUCAAGGAGAUGGGAAAAGUAUCAGAGAAGGACAUUAUGCAGAUCAGUGAGAAGUUCGAUAGACUGGAUACCGGGAACUGUGGGAAAAUAACACUUGCUGAUCUCAUGGAUGCUCGAAAUUGACAAGAGCUUUUACGGAAAGUUAAAAGAUUUAAGGGAAACUCUCUUCCUACAAUGUUGCCCAUCAGAGAAGGCCUUCUCAGAUACUCAAGCAUGCUUCGAACUUUCUUGAUUCGGAGAUUCAGAGGGAUACUAGAUUCUCAAGUUUCAUAUUGGUGAUUUUCCCUCCACCCAUUUGAGGAGGCACCUGGAACAUGAAUAUGAUGUUCUUUUUGCCUGAAUUUUGCGGAUUAAUUAAUGAAACGGUAAGAAAUGACCUUACCAUAACUUCGUUACUACCACGUUUACAUUAUAUAGAUAUAGAUAUAGAGACAUAUAGGUAUAGGUUAUGAGAUAUAUGGUAAUGAAGGAGGCAAAUUUUGGAGUUGGGUAAACCAUUAUUUUUGUACAUAUACUUUACCAAGAUGAAUGCAAUUGAUUCUUUAGCAUUUUCUCUGGCUUUGAUUGUC